AUGUCAUCCUCACAAUACCCCGUCCGGAAUGUGGGCAUCUACCACAAUUUGCCGCAGUUCGACCCCCAGUUGACUGGACUUACGGCUUUGAUCACAGGGGCCAAUGGCAUUUCUGGCUUCAACACCCUGCGUGCGCUUCUGCAGUCGCCUCAGCGAUGGUCGAGGAUUUACACCCUGUCUAGACGCCCCAUACCGCCAGAGAUGAUGAAACUGCUCCCCGCGGACGCCCAUGGUCGAAUCCACCACAUUAGUUGUGAUCUACUCCAGUCGGAUCCAGGCGAGAUUGCGACUCUUUUGAACUCGGGCCUGGAGCAUGCGGAUGUACGAUACAUCUUCUAUUAUGCCUAUCUGCAGCCAAAGCCCGAGGACGGGAACGUCAUGUGGUCGAACCACCAGCAGCUGGUAGACGUCAAUGUCGCCAUGCUGUCCAAUUUCCUCCAGGCUUUGGGCCACACCAGCAUCAAACCCAAACGGUUCCUCCUCCAGAACGGGGCAAAAUACUAUGGCAGUCACCUCGGACGAGCUCGAACUCCCAACGUCGAAUCUGACCCUCCGCCUCGACAUCUCGAGCCCAAUUUCUAUUACCCCCAGGAAGACCUCCUCUUCGAGUACUGCGCCUCGAACAACGUCGAGUGGAACAUCAUCCGGCCACCGUUCAUUAUCGGAACGUCGUCGACGACGCAAAUGAACGGGCUGUACGCAUUUGCCGUCUUCGCCGCUGUCGCUGCUCAGCGUGGAACUGCCCUCGCCUUCUCAGGCACCUGGGAGCUGUGGCAACAGUACUGUGCACACCACGGGAGCGCCCUUCUGACAGGCUACCUCAGCGAGUGGGCCAUUCUCGAGGACAAAUGUCGCAAUGAAGCAUUCAACAGCCAGGACACCAGCCCCAUCUCGUGGGACCGCAUCUUCCACGAGCUUGUGAGAUGGUUUGGAGUCCAGAAGGGAGUGCAGCCGCCCAGCGAAGACGAUUCUGGCUGGCAAGAGUUCAAGGUCGGGGGCGGCAAAGAUACACCCAUGGGAUACGGUCCACCUCAAUCGACCAAGAUUGCGUUUUCCAUCUUGGAGUGGGCAAAGGAUCCCGAGAACCACAAGGCGUGGAAAGAGAUCAUGCAGAGGGAAAACUUGAAGUUCGAUCCAUUUUUGGACGUUGAGGCCAAUUUCUUGAUCGCCGACGUCAUGUUUGUCGUCUUUGGGCCCCUUUCCAUGAAUAAGGCACGCCGACUGGGAUGGACAGGGUUUGUAGAUACCAUGGAGAGUACGUUCGAGAUGUAUCAGGAGAUGAACGCGCUCGGAAUGCUGCCAAAGAUGCAGGUGCAGAAACCACGGCCACUUGUUUGA